AUGGAGAAAGAACGGACUCUAGUACGAGAAGAUGGCUCAAAACCCUCACCGUCAAAAUCUUCCGGCAACAUCAAUUCCCACAUGCACUACAACCUUUACUUCAAGGGCUUGAUAAGGGAAGAAACAACAGGUUUAUUGGCAGGGUUUGGCGUUGCGAUAUGCGACGAAGAUGAUAAUCUCUUGUUUCAGACGAAAGGAUCACUUCAUGAAUCUUCCAUUACAGCUUUGGAGGCUGAGCUUACGGCACUGAAGCAAGGACUAACCCAAGCCGUGGGUUUGGGGAUCAAUCAUAUCUUCAUCAACUGUGAUUAUCUACCGGUUUUCAAAUUGGUCAUGGGACGAUCUGCGCCUGAGAAAGUCAGAAUUGCUUUACUUAUGGAUGAUGUGCAACGCAUCAGACAACAACUGAGAUCUAGCAUCGCUGUUCUGAUGACUGAAAAUCAAACAAAGUUUGCUUAUAACCUCGCAAUGGAAACAGUAGUUUCUGAAAUCAGCAUAAGUAUCCCUCCUGCUCAGAAGAGUACUACUUGCUGUAUCUGUUUCGAUGAUGGUUUAGAGGAUGAUCAGAUGUUCUCUGUUGCUUUAUGUGGUCACCAAUUCUGCAUGGAGUGCAUGAAACGAUAUAUAGAAGUGGCACUACUCGAAGGAAGUGCACUAGGAUGUCCUCAUUAUCAAUGCGAGUCUAAGCUAACUCCUGGAAGCUGUGUCAAUCUUUUGACACCUAAAUUAGGAGAGAUGUGGGAACGAAGGAUCGAAGAGGAAUCGGUUCCUGUGGCAGACAGAGUUUACUGCCCAGACCAGAGAUGCUCGUCAUUAAUGUCGGUAGCCGAGCUCUCUAAAUCUAUUAAUCAAGAAGAUGGAUCUAUGAGUUGUUGUGUUAAAUGCGGUAAGCCCUUUUGCAUCAACUGCAAAGUUGCAUGGCAUAGUAACUUGUCGUGCGACGAUUACAAGAGAUUAGGUCCAAAUCCUACGGAAAAUGAUAUGAAGCUCAUAUCUCUAGCAAACCAGAAAAAGUGGCGUCAAUGUGGAAAGUGCAAACAUAUGGUCGAACGUUCGGUAGGAUGCAUUCAAAUGACUUGCAGGUGUGGGUAUUCGUUUUGCUACAAAUGUGGAGACGAAUGGAAAGAAGGAGGUUGCCCUCACCGAUUUAAUGACAUAAAACAGCUCCGCUCUUACUUGCAGGAGGUGCAAUUUGUCUUCCAACCUAGAGAUUGUAAUAGUGUGGCAGAUAGAGUAGCGAAGGAAGCUCUUUCAAUUGAGAUUGAUGCUCCUAAGGUGUACUCUAUAGUGCCAUAA